AUGGAUUGGCAACCCUACAUAACAGGAUACAUAGUCCGAAGUGUCCUAUCGGGACUAGUCAUCCUCCCGGCCUUGGGGGUCUCUGCCCUUGCUCUUCGUAAGCUCGGAGCCAAGCAUGACCCCACGCGCCGAUGGGUCGACUUCACCAAAGCAGCCUUAGGACUCUGGAGCAUUGCGCAGUGUCCGGCAUCGCGGGCUACGUGCGAACACGAAUGGCGUAACCUCUCCUCGGUCGAUAAGAUGCUGACUUUGUCGGUGUUCAAAAGAUCCCAGCUUCUUAUUCUCGUCUGCUGGAUUCUGUGGACAGUCGUGUACUUCCAGCGCCAAAAUGACAGGAGUUAUUUUGGCCUAGAUGAUGCUUCUCCCUACAUUUACAUUGUCGGCUCACUGCUUGGCACACUGGGCCAAGUCGCCCUUCUCCUUGCCUUUUUCUUCCUCGUCCACGCCCUGGCUCAGCUUCGUGGUGGUGCCACGACAGAUGACUCCAGGGCCUCUUUUGUUGGCAGAAAGGUAGUCUUCGUCGGGUCAGCCCUGAUUGCUCUCGUAGAGGUAGCAGUCUUCUGCUGCUAUAUUGCCUUUCAGAUAAUGUACAAGAUUCUACAAGAGAGGAGGGAUCGCUACGUGCCAGGAGACUGGGACAACGCGAUUAGGCUGUCAUUGGCUUCUGAAUACAUGUCAGCUAGCAAUAACUGCAUGCUUCUGAUCGCUGCCGUCGGCAUGACCAUCUAUGCUUUCCAGGCACAGAAAAAGGCCAGGGGUAGCCCUGUUCAGAAGGCUGCCACCCUUUUGCUCGUCGCGGUAUCCCUUUGGCUCGUUGCAAGGAUUUGGGCCUUUAUCACCACCGUGAUGUCCUUGGCCAUGUUUUGGUGGGGCCAAGCCUCGGCGUACGUUGGAAUUAUCGACACUAUCCUCGCCAUCUGGACUACGUUCGCGGCUCUGAUGCUUCUCUACAUUUUGGCUUCCAGCAACGCAUACGGGUUGUCAAGGCUGCAUUACCAGGACGAAGAGGAUGAGCAGCGUGUUUGGGAAGAGCGAACGUAA